UGAAAGAGGUGCACAAGCACAUGUGAAUCCGUUAUUUUAAUUUUCACAGUCAUAAAUAGAAUGAAUAAAAACAAAAGUGUAUUCUAUUACUAUAUUCUGCAUUAUUGAGUGUUAUCUAGUCUCAGUCACCUAUCAAAAAAACCACUUCAACAGAACACAGUGCAUUAUUGUUUACCAAAUCAAAUUCUAAUUUCCAUGGAACUUGAUGCUUCAUCAACUUCAAACGGUUACUUGUUCAUCCUCAAAGGACUUUCUCUGAUUCCAAUAUGGCAUUACCUCCUCACUCUAACUACUCUUCUUACUUGCUUUCUCUACAAUUUCCUUGAAAUCCAUUUCCUUCAAGAUCUCUUCUCUGGAUUCUCAUGCUCUCCAGCUGAGUUCAGUUACAACUCUUGUUCCCAAAUCUACGACGCCGUCGUUUCAAAGUGUCCAAUUCUUCAAGGCGGAUAUUCUGUUACACCAUGGCUUUCCAGUCCUCAUCUUCAAACCAUUUUCCUCAACUUCUUUGGGAAUGCUCCAUCUUUCAAAUAUAAAAGACAAUUGUUUACUACUUCUGAUGGUGGAACCCUUGCUUUGGACUGGGUAACGAGUUCUGAUGUUUCUGGCAGCGUUCACCAUGACGAUGAUGUUGUUACUAAAGAUGAUUCUACUCCUAUUGUUAUUUGUAUUCCUGGUUUAACAAGUGAUUCUUCAUCUCCUUAUCUCAAACAUCUUGCAUAUCAUACAGCAAAGCGUGGAUGGAAAGUUGUUGUCAGUAAUCACCGAGGAUUUGGAGGUGUUCCAAUCACGUCUGAUUGUUUCUACAAUUCUGGAUGGACUGAGGAUACUCGCACAGUGGUUAACUAUCUCCACAAACAGAAUCCCAAGGCACCUUUGUUUAUUGUCGGCACAAGUAUUGGAGCUAAUAUUCUGGUAAAAUAUCUUGGUGAGGAUGGUGAGAAUACUCCUGUAGCCGGAGCUGUAGCUGUUUGCUCUCCUUGGGACCUUUUGAUAGCGGAUAGAUUUAUAAGUCGUGCUCCUGUGCAAAAGUUUUAUAAUAAAGCACUGGCAGGUGGACAAAAAGAUUAUGCAAAAUUACACCAGCCUCAAUUUACCCGCCUUGCUAAUUGGGAAGGAAUAGAAAAGGCACUUUCUGUUCGAGAUUUUGACGAUCACGCCACCCGCAUGGUUGGGAAGUAUGAGACUGUUGAUACGUACUAUAGACGCUGCAGCAGUUCUACUUACGUGCAAUCUGUAUCAGUUCCGCUUCUCUGUAUUAGUGCUCUGGAUGAUCCUGUCUGUACCACCGAAGCCAUUCCCUGGGAUGAAUGCAAGGCAAAUAAAAAUAUUGUGUUAGCUACUUUAAAGCAUGGAGGUCAUCUGGCUUUCUUUGAAGGGAUAACUGCAUCUAGCCUUUGGUGGGUAAGAGCUACUAACGAAUUUCUUGGUGUACUACACUCUAGUCAUUAUAUGCAUGAACAAAAGAAGGUAGAAUGUCUCUACACCAAACACACUAUUGGACUCGUCAAUUGAUCAAGGCCCUUAUAUCAAUGUUACUGAAGAUGGAAUGGUGGCUGCAUUGAACGACGAGUCAACGACAGACAACCAGAAGAAAUACAUGUAAUACUGGAUAUGCAUUACAGCAUUAGCAUCAUGAAGUGGUCCAGAUUCUCCAAAAGAAUAGGUUAAAAAAGAUGGUGAGUUAGUGAGUAAUUCAAAGAGUAGGUUCCUCUGGCAUUGCAUAAACAAGUACCGACAAUGCAACACCUCUUUAAUUUUGAAGCCUAUGCUGGUUAUCUCGACAAAAUCGAUGGUAAUGCUGAUGUAUAUUGCCGUUACGAUACAUUGACACUAAGAUAGUAGGUGUCCUCUUUCCUCUCUAAUAAAAUUCAUUUCUAUUUAAAAGAUGUUAUUGGAACUGUACUAUAUUUGAUGACAAAAGAUGUUAUUGGAAAUGUUCAAGCUUUCAAGAGCAUUAAGAAACACAUAGCAAUCAUGUAUUGGUAAUUAUGAUUAAAUGCCUUUUUUAGCUUAAGUA